GAGGCUCAGGCGAGACUGGAUACAGGGAAGGAGAAGUGGUAGCAAAGGCACGAGGGGGGGAGAAGAUUGCUUUUGUGUGAGAUGGGGGGAGAAGGAGAUAGCGCAUGUCUCAUCUCUCAGUGUAGCCACUAGACGCUCCCUCCACAACCAACACCACCAUCUUGCAUGUGCAACAUUUCUAGCCGGACAUCAGCUCUCCCGGGGCUAUGGAGACUGCGGGAAACAUCACACUCAGGAUGGAUUGCUAGACUUGCAGCGACUGGCUUUCUUUUUGUGUUUGUGGUUUCAGUCUCGAUGCUUUUCAGCAGCAUCUAAGAGAGAGAGAGAGAGAGAGCAAGAAAGAGAGAGAGAGAAGAUGCGGAUUAUUUGCCAACAGAUUGUCUUGUUAUUCUCUGGCUUUUGGGGGAUAGCAAUGGGAGCAUUUCCUAGCAGCGUGCAAAUAGGUGGGCUUUUCAUUCGAAACACAGAUCAGGAAUACACUGCUUUUCGAUUAGCUAUUUUUCUUCAUAAUACCAGCCCCAAUGAGUCCGAAGCACUUUUUAAUUUGGUUCCUCAUGUGGACAACAUAGAAACAGCCAACAGCUUUGCUGUGACAAAUGCCUUUUGCUCUCAGUAUUCGAGAGGAGUUUUUGCCAUCUUUGGACUUUACGACAAGAGAUCUGUGCACACACUGACCUCAUUUUGCAGCGCUUUGCACAUUUCCCUGAUUACGCCAAGUUUCCCGACAGAGGGUGAAAGUCAGUUUGUCCUGCAGCUGAGACCCUCUUUGCGUGGCGCUCUUCUGAGUUUGCUUGAUCAUUACGGUUGGAACCAUUAUGUCUUUCUGUACGACACAGACAGGGGAUAUUCAAUACUACAAGCUAUUAUGGAGAAAGCUGGACAAAACGGAUGGCAAGUUAGUGCGAUAUGCGUGGAAAAUUUUAAUGAUGCCAGCUACAGAAGACUGUUAGAAGACUUGGAUCGAAGGCAAGAGAAUAAAUUUGUAAUAGACUGUGAAGUUGAAAGGCUUCAGGAUAUCCUAGAACAGGUUGUGAGUGUUGGGAAACAUGUCAAAGGAUAUCAUUACAUCAUUGCAAACCUGGGAUUCAAGGACAUUUCACUUGACAGGUUUAUGCAUGGUGGUGCUAAUGUAACCGGAUUCCAAUUGGUAGAUUUUAAUACUCCAAUAGUAACUGAACUAAUGCAGAGAUGGAAGACUCUGGACCAAAGGGAGUAUCCAGGAUCAGAAACCCCACCAAAGUAUACCUCUGCACUAACUUACGAUGGUGUACUUGUAAUGGCUGAAGCAUUUCGGAACUUACGAAGACAAAAAGUUGAUCUUUCAAGAAGAGGAAAUGCUGGAGAUUGUCUUGCUAAUCCAGCUGCUCCUUGGGGUCAAGGAGUUGAUAUGGAGAGAACACUUAAACAGGUUCGAAUCCAGGGAUUAACAGGAAAUGUACAAUUUGAUCAUUAUGGCCGCAGAGUGAACUACACAAUGGAUGUACUAGAGCUGAAAAGUGCAGGCCUUAGGAAGAUUGGUUACUGGAAUGAUGUGGAUAAACUUGUUUUACUUCAACAUGAACCUUCUUUUAAAAAUGAUAGCUCUGCAAUGGAAAACAGAACAGUAGUUGUAACCACUAUAUUGGAAUCCCCUUAUGUAAUGUACAAGAAAAAUCAUGAACUGCUGGAAGGGAACGAAAAGUUUGAAGGCUAUUGUGUAGAUCUUGCCUAUGAAAUUGCAAAACACAUUGGCAUUAAGUAUAAAAUUGCCAUUGUUCCGGAUGGAAAAUAUGGAGCAAGGGAUUCAGAUACAAAAAUCUGGAAUGGGAUGGUGGGCGAGCUUGUAUAUGGGAAAGCUGAGAUUGCAGUUGCUCCAUUGACCAUCACCUUGGUGCGGGAAGAAGUGAUUGAUUUCUCAAAACCUUUUAUGAGUUUAGGGAUUUCUAUUAUGAUUAAGAAGCCUCAGAAAUCAAAACCAGGUGUAUUUUCCUUUUUAGAUCCCCUGGCUUACGAGAUCUGGAUGUGCAUAGUUUUUGCCUACAUUGGUGUUAGUGUAGUUCUUUUCCUAGUAAGCAGAUUCAGUCCUUAUGAAUGGCACACGGAAGAACCGGAAGAUGGGAAGGAAGGACCCAGUGACCAGCCUCCAAAUGAAUUUGGCAUAUUUAAUAGUCUCUGGUUCUCGCUUGGAGCAUUCAUGCAGCAAGGAUGUGAUAUAUCACCAAGGUCUUUAUCGGGUCGUAUUGUUGGAGGAGUAUGGUGGUUCUUUACACUCAUAAUCAUUUCAUCAUAUACGGCAAAUCUGGCUGCUUUUCUAACAGUUGAGAGAAUGGUGUCGCCUAUAGAAAGCGCAGAAGAUCUGGCCAAACAAACAGAAAUCGCUUAUGGAACGCUUGAUGCAGGGUCAACAAAAGAAUUCUUCAAAAGAUCCAAAAUAGCAGUUUAUGAAAAGAUGUGGACCUACAUGAAAUCUGCAGAGCCCUCGGUAUUUACUAAAACAACAGCGGAAGGAGUUGCUCGCGUACGGAAAUCGAAGGGCAAAUUUGCAUUUCUUCUGGAAUCUACAAUGAACGAGUACAUCGAGCAGAGAAAACCAUGCGACACGAUGAAAGUUGGGGGAAACUUGGAUUCCAAAGGAUACGGAGUUGCAACACCCAAGCAUUCUCUAUUAAGAAAUGCUGUUAACCUCGCAGUUUUAAAACUGAAUGAACAAGGCCUGUUGGACAAAUUGAAAAACAAAUGGUGGUACGACAAAGGAGAAUGUGGCAGCGGGGGAGGUGACUCCAAGGACAAGACAAGUGCAUUAAGUCUGAGCAACGUUGCUGGAGUUUUCUACAUUCUGGUUGGCGGCUUGGGAUUGGCAAUGCUCGUGGCUUUGAUAGAGUUCUGUUACAAGUCAAGGGCAGAGGCGAAACGAAUGAAGCUGACCUUUUCUGAAGCCAUAAGAAACAAAGCCAGAUUAUCCAUAACGGGGAGUGUAGGAGAAAACGGUCGUGUCUUGACUCCCGACUGCCCGAAGGCCGUACACACUGGAACUGCUUUUAGACAAAGUUCAGGAUUGGCUGUAAUUGCAUCGGACCUACCAUAAAAACCAAAUAAUUUAUUGAGUGCCUUAAUUAAACACUGUUGGUGAGUGAAAAACAGCACAGACUGUGAGUCACAUCUUGGAUAAAUCACUGAAGACCUAGAAUUAUUGCUGAGAUCGGGAAGUACGUUCAAAUGCGCCAAACAUCAUCAGCAAAAAUGUGUGCAUGAGCUCUGCUCGGAAACCCAAACUCAGAUUUUAUAUCAGGAAAAAUGCAUAAUUUAGUUUUAUGGGGGGAGGGUGUGGGAAAGAGUGUACUAGCAGCAACAAAUUUAUCUUGACGGGACUAUAAUCUAAAAAAAAAAAAAAUAACUCAUCUAUUAGCUCAUUAAACUGUGAAAAAUCUGGACCAGAAUGGACAAUACGUGCUCUCUGUUCUAACAAAGAAGGAAAAUAGCUAUAGAAGUCGCUGAAACUACUAACCAGUAUCUCGAGAAUCUCCAUACAUAUAACGGAUGAAUAUCCAGUUUAUUGAAAUAGAUCUCUUAAGAAAAACUGUGAUUAAAAAUAAUAAACAUGUAAAUCCUGUGAAAAUUAAAUUAUUUACUUUUUCUUUGAAAAAAACAAACAAAUAAAAAACGAAAGGAUAUGACAUGCUUGCUUUUUAAACUGAUACAAAUUUAUUAGCGUAAAACACACAGUUCUUUUUUCUAACCAUUUUAGGGAACCGUUCAUUGCAAUAAUUGAUUAAAAAUGCCAUCACUGUAAUAAAAAUCAGAGCAUAUUUUUUAAUAAUAUUUGUGGAUCAUUUCCUGCUAUAUUCAUUGACACAUUCAACACACACGUGUCUAAGUCAUUUAUUUAACCACCACAUAUUAAACUGUUGCAUAACAUCAGUCAGGUGUGUAAAGUUAAUACAGUUUACGGGUCAUUCCUGUUACUAUAAUUAUUUAUGAUCUUGUUAUGUGUAACAAAUCUUGGUUUUGUACCCUAAAAAAAAAAAAAAAGAAUAAAAUAAAGAGACAUUCUUUUAAUAUGUUCAGAACUGUUAAUCAAGAAAAUGUAAUUCUAGAAUCCUGGAAUUUGUAAAAAGGGAUAGUUAAUCUAAUGUAAUUGCCAUGCAAGGUAGUAGUGCAGGUAUAAAUUACAUUAUUUGACAAAUCAGGUUUUUUUUUUAUAAUCACUGUGAUAUGUUUAUUAAGCUUUUACCAUGUUAUUGUUUAUUUGUAUUGUAAAUACGUGCCAUAUUUUUGGAACUGUAAUUCACUUUUUUUUUUCCUGCCAAAAAAUGUACUUUAAAACAGAAAUAUUGUACUGUUGAAGGAUGUGUUAUGUUUUAAUUUAAGAAAACGAGUUUAGGUACCCUAAAAUAUACUUUAUCUAACAUCUAGAUAGGGUAUUUACAAUUUUGCAGAUAUGCUUGUCUGAGUAAGGCUAUUUGAUAUUUUGUUUUGAAGACAUAUUUUGGUAUAAUAAAGAUGUUUAUGGGAGAUAUGUAGUGAAGAGAGUUAUCUCAGUUGGUUAUGUCACCAACUGCAGCACAUGUUCAGACCUAAAAGAAUUCUAAAGG